AAGAAGAAGAAAAGAAGAAGAACAAGAAGUUUUACCUUUGUAUGAUUUUGCAAAUGGUAUACAUUUUUCGCUUUACACUAGACACGUGAUCGACUGAAAGCGUUGUCAAUUUUCGUGGUUAUUAGAACGCAAGUAUGACAUAAUGUCUACAUAUCAACCCCGCACACGAGAGAUGUUUAGCAUGUCAUGUUUUAUAUGUUCAUUAAUGCAUUUAUGAACUGUGCUUGCUUUCUCGUCUUGUGUAACUGCAUUGACCAUGUUUGGACUUUUAGCAUAUCGGUUGAUGACAACAUUCAAAGUUUCAAGUGGGAUAUUCCUUUGAGACGAAUACGUUUGUAAUUUUUUAAACAAAAUAAUAAUAAUAAUUGUACUCCAUGUUUAUGUUUGCUAUGUUGUUUAUGUUAUGAUGGCGAGAUAUCCCCUACUUUCUGAUCACUGAGCUGCAGUUUGCUACAGAAUGUUGUAGACAUAUUGACAUUUUUGGGAUGAAAAUGUUAAAUUUCUCCAUUAAGUUGUAUUUAAAUGGAGUAAGACAGGUUAUCCCAAAGUGAACACUUUUCAAGCAUCAGAAUAUAGUAGAGACCCAAGGAAAUACAGUACAGUUGUCAAAUAAAUGGUGCUUAGCUACAAUUGUACCUGGUGAAAUGGACCACUGCAAAUUCAGCCUACCUAAAGUUCAGUGACAUGGGUUCCUUCAGGGGGAUGGCUCAUAGUGCCAUGGGCCAGCGUCUGGUCGCCUGCCUCCUCAAUGUCUCAGAAGCCCGCAGGAAGGAAUUGGUGGAAACAGUGGCCAGGGCAGCUGUAUUUGACAGUAAUGGUGAGUUACCCCUGUAAAAAUGUUACAUUGUUCACUGCUUAUACAGUAGUAACAUAGUGAUAUGAGUGAACAAUAGUUAGUAUUUAACAAAAUAGGAUGGUUUCUUCAUGGAUUUAUGCAUCUUUCCCAUUGUAUGCAUCUUGUCAGGCGGACGGCGAGAAGGGACAACAGUGCUCAACAUCUUUAAUGACCAAGACUACAACCGCUCUGUCAUCACCAUCGUGGCCAGUAUUGACUGCAUCAGUGAGUCUCUGUCCUUUUAUUGGGGAAAAACAACAACUACACUAAGGGACAUUUCCUACAGGCUUUGUUCAGGAUCACAAUGUUACAAUAAAUAUGACAAGUACUUUGCAACGGUCUUCAUUAUCCUCCAACAAUCUUUUACUCUUAUGAGGGGCAGUGGUAACCCCUGAACAUGGCUGCUUAAACAUUUUUCAAGCAGACCAGGAACUAAGCACCCUAAUUUAACCAAUAACUGAACCCUGAUUUCACUUGUGUCAUUCCAAUAAUAGAAGGCGUUGUCAAUGUUUUUCUGUUGUAGGGGAGGCAGUGCUGUCUGCGUGUGAGCAGGCCUGUGGGCUGAUUGACAUGAGUGCCUAUGCAGGGGGCCACCCAACAAUGGGCGCUGUGGACCUGGUGCCCCUCUACCCUCUGGGAGAGGAGGUGGGACUGGGGGACUGUGCCAAGGAAGCUAGAGGUGUGUGUGUGCCUGUAUGCAUGUGUGUACACUUUAAGGAUUUGGCCCCCUCUUUCUCUCUUCUCAGUCAUUAUGCUGUAUGCUGUAUACAUGUGCAUUGUGUAUGUACAGAGCCUUCAGAAAGUAUUCAUGCCUCUUGACUUAUUCCACAUUUUGUUGUGUUACAGCCUGAAUUCAAAAUUGAUUCAAUAUGUUUUUUCUCACCCAUUUACACACAAUACCCGAUAAUGAGAAAGUGAAAACAUAUUUUUGCGAAUUUAUUGAAAAUUAAAUACAGAAAUAUCUCAUUUACAUAAGUAUUCACACCCCUGAGUCAAUACUUUGUAGGAGCACCUUUAGCAGCAAUUACAGCUGUAAGUCUCGCCUUGUUCACACUGCAGGCCUUAAUGCUCAAAUCAGUUUGUUUUGGAAUAUUGACUUCCCAAACAGCAAUUUACAAGUGACCAAAUCGGAUUUGUGUGUGAGACAGCAGUCAUUUGCUGACAUGUCUACGCUAGUUGUCAUAGUAACGGCGGGUGUGUGAGCAGUGGUGUAGGCUGAUUGGUGGUGGUGCUCCUGCUUCCUAUCACUCAGAAGCUAUGUAGCAAGAUAAAGUGACAACAAUGCCUGCCAUGGAUGUUUCCCAGUUGCUUUGAAUGUUCAAAAUCAUAGUGUAAGAACACCUUUAAAGCCUCAAAGGAUCAAAUUAUCCAACUUUUAAAACAAGUCAUUUUUGGCUAGCUACUGCAGUCAAUUAGCUAGCUAAGAUGGCUGUUUAGUUUCUAGCACAUUCACUAAUUUGUUUGUAAACAAUUAACAAGCUAAUUGGCUACCACAUAUUCUUGUCAAACUGUCAACAGAGUAGCUAGCAAGCAACAAGAUAUGCCAAAUAACUUAGUGCCUUGUUGCAAACAGGAUGCAUGUUUUGGAAUAUUUUUGAUUCUGUACAGGUUUCCUUCUAUUCACUCUGUCAAAUACAUUAGUAUUGUGGAUUAACUACAAUGUUGUUGAUCCAUCCUCAAUUUUCUCAUAUCACAGCCAUUAAACUCUGUAACUGUUUUAAAGUCACCAUUGGCCUCAUGGUGAAAUCCCUAAGCAGUUUCCUUCCUCUCCGGCAACUGAGUUAGGAAGGACGCCUGUAUCUUUGUAGUGACUGGGUGUACUGAUACACCAUCCAGAGUGUAAUUAAUAACUUCACCAUGCUCAAAGGGAUAUUAAAUGUCUGCUUUUUUUUUUUACCCAUCAACCAAUGGUUGCCCUUCUUUGCGAUGCAUUGGAAAACCUCCCUGGUCUUUGAUGUUGAAUCUGUGAUUGAAAUUCACUGCUUGACUGAGGGACCUUACAGAUAAUUGUAUGUGUGAGGUACAGAGAUGAGGCACUCAUUCAAAAAUCAUGUUAAACACUGUUAUUGUACAUGCAACUUAUUAUGUGACUUAUUAAGCAAAUGUUUACUCCUGAACUUAUUUAGGCUUGCCAUAACAAAGGGGUUGAAUACUUUAUUUUAUUUUAUUAUUUUUAUUUUAUUUUAUUUUUAGGGGUUGAAUACCUAUUGACUCAAGACAUUUCAGCUUUUCAUUUUUAAUUAAUUUAUAAAAACAUAAUUCCACUUUGACAUUAUGAGGUAUUGUGUGUCCAAUCCAUUUUAAAUUCAGGCUGUAACACAACAUGUGGAAAAAGUCAAGGGGUGUGAAUACUUUCUGAAGGCACUGUAUGUAAGGUAUGUGUUAACCCAUCCUCUCACCCUGUCCAGCGGUGGCUGCUGGGCUGACUGAACGGGUCAGUGGCACCAGUGCUUUCUUCUUUGGCUGGGCGGACUUACCCCAGCACCGAGGCCUGGCGCAGAGACGCAAGGAGAUGGGCUGGUUCAGGAAGAAUCCAGACACAGGAGCCAGCCGACCAGACAUGGGGCCCCUGCCACAGAAACGAUAUGGCCUCACAGGUUAGCACCCGCUUAGGGCUUAGCGGAUGUCCUGUGCACGCAAAUACUGAGAUAUCAUGGGAUGAAAUGCAAGGUGAUUUUUAAAACAUAGGGUUAGGUUAGAUUUGCAUGUUUCAUUCUGAUGACAAGCCCUCAGUGCCCCCACAUUACACUCUCAUGAAGCAUAGCACAGAGAGAGGGUACCCAGUAACCACUAAUUGGGCACAUUUGUAAAUAACUGCAUCUCAGUACCCUUUUGUUCACACCAUCUUGUGACUUUUUGUUUAAUCUUCUGACCUUUGACCUCACCUUUGCCAUGCAGGUAUCGGAGCUAGUCCCUACGUCAUGAACUGCAACGUCACCAUCGACACCCAGGACCUGGCUCUGGGGCGCAGUGUAGCCAUGGCGAUUAGGGAGUCUACUCCUGGGGGCCUACCAGGGGUGCAAGUGCUGGCCCUGCCACAUGAGGGUGCCGUGGAGAUAGCCUGCAAUGUGGAGAGCAUAAAGGGGAACCCUCCUAGCCAGGUUGGGGAGAGGGAAGAGCCAUGGCCCACCUUCAGUAUUGGUGGGCAGCUAUACUGCCAUGCCCCGGCAUCUCUUAUCACAGCCAGGGUGGCAGAGCUGGCAGGACGGCAGGGGGUGGCCACUAAGGGCACGGCACUGGUGGGGUUCACGCCCCGUGAGUGCAGAGUCCUGGCAGAGAGAGCUUUGUCAUUGGGCAUUGCAGAGUUCUGGAAAGAACGGAGCAGGGUACACAUGUAACCUUCCAAACUUUACUACAAAACCUCAACGGUUUGUAUUAUUCAGGUUGAUUGAACGAAUAAUGUAAAAGGACAUGCAAGCUGUUAUCAGCAAGGUUUACAGCGUAUGAAUUGCACAAAUGCACGACUAUUACACAACAGUUUUGAAUCUGUGGGCUCUGGAUUUGAUGUAGCACAUCUGAACAAGGAUAUUGUACAGAGCAUCUUAUUUAGUGUGGUGAUCAUGGUUGAAAACAUCAACGCCAUAGACCUUAACUGUGAUUGUCUUAAUAUAAGUACUUAUCAAGACUCAAAAUGGCCAAAUUACCUUUUUACUUUUUUGUAAAUCAUUCAACGAUGUCAAUGGGAGACGUGCGCAAAUUUCUUUGAUAAGCGUGCAUAUCUCAAUUCAGAAUAACACCGAAAGUGCUGCAAAAUGUUGCAAUUUAUUGCUCUAUUAACAGGUUAAUCCUUCUUUAUUUGACUUCUACUAAUCUGUAAAGAAUAAACAUGAUGACUUUACUAUAACUUUACUAUUUUCGUAUAAUUGUUUAUAAUUGUACAAAAAAGAAUAAUGAAAUAUAUUAAAGGUGCAUUCUGUAACAUUCUCAUGUUCAAAACUCUAAAACUACCAUUAACAUUGGACUCAAUGAGAGUAAAAAAAAUAACUGUGUAGACCAAGGUGUGUACACAGCUCGCGUUGUAAGACGUGGUCUAGUGUCUGCCAGGAAAGUUCUGGCCACCUUCAGACAAACAAACGAGCACACUGUUUGGCAUGGUAUAGUCCUUCGCAGAGAUGUGUCAAAACGCAUAGACAUUUGUCUGUUUAUGUUAUUGCCUUUUGUGAUUGGAUUUAAUAUUACCAGGUUGAUGGAAAUGGCUCACUCCCAAAGUGGUCAAUGACAGGGUUACAUUUAGGGGUGGUGCUUAAGCCAUUCUACAUAAUAUAUUCUAAUGUCCAGCACACUAUUUUGGGGAAUAGUUUUUGCAUGCUCUUUCACUAUACAUUCAACUAAUUACAAUAUGUAUGCCAAUUCAAUUCAUCUAUACUGAACAAAAAUAUA